GUGACGCCAUGUCGUCGGCGGGCGGCGUGCGGCGGGCGCGGCAGCUCCUGCACGUCUCGGUGCUGGCGCAGAGCGCGGCCCCGUGCGGGCGGUUCCUGGCGGCCGCCAACGACUUCGGCGAGAUCGCGAUAUUCGGGCUCUCGGCCGCGCUGAGCGCGGAGGCCAAGGAGGAAAACCGGAGACCGGUGAACGUGUUCAAGGCCCACUCGGGCCCCGUUUACUCCUUGGCCUCGACCGAGCGGCUCCUCCUGAGCGGCAGCGACGGCGAAAUCCGGGGCUGGGGCUGGGCCGAGCUGGGCCGCAAGGGCUGCCGGGAGCUCUGGACGCGGCGCCCGCCCUGCAGGAGCAGCCUGGAGGUGCCGGAGAUCAACGGGCUGGAGGUGAACCAGAGGGACCACUGGGUGGCGCUGGCGGGCGGGGACGGCGCCGUGCGCGUGCUGGACCUGGAGAGCGGCGCCUUCACCCACGAGCUGCGGGGGCACCAGGACCUGGUGCACGUGGUGGCGCUCAGGGAGCAGCUGCCCCAGGUGCUCUCGGGGGGCGAGGACGGCACCGUGCGCCUCUGGGAUCUCCGGACGGGCUCCCAGGUGCAGCUGAUCGAGGUGCACAAAUACCAGGAGUGCAGCCGCCCCCAGCUGGGCAAGUGGAUUCGCUGCUUGGCCACCGAGAGCGACUGGAUGGUGUGCGGGGGCGGCCCCGCCCUCACCUUGUGGCACCUGCGCUCCGGGACCCCGACCACGGUGUUCCCCCUCCCCCACCCCCAGCACCACGCCCUCUUCCACCAGGACAUGGUGCUCUCGGGCGGGGUCGGCCCCGCCCUUCACCUGCUGCAGCUCAGCGGGGACGUGCGGGGGAGGGUCCCGGUGUCGCCCCCCGCGCUGAGGAGCCUCUGCCUGCACCCCAGGUCACCUGAGCACCAGGUGAGCGCACCUGGGCACACCUGGGCACACCUGAACCCACCCCAUAAACCCCCCCAGCCUCUGCCUGCACCCCAGGUCACCUGAGCACCAGGUGCUGACGGUGGCUGGGAACAGCCCCAAGAUCGACGUCUUCACCAACCUGGGCUACCGGGCCUUCUCGCUCAGCUUCACCUGAGAUUCACCUGGGCUCACCUGGGCUGGGCUCACCUGCGCUCACCUGGGCUGGGCUCACCUGGGCUGGGCUCACCUGGGCUCGCCUGGCUGAGCUCACCUGGGUGAUCCCCUCCCCCGCUCGCUCUCAGUUUGACCCAAAUCCCCAUUUUUGUACAAAAAACCAAAAUCCGA